GCCCCUGCCGUAAACCGUCGUAAACAUUCGUGGCCUAAAAAUCAGAGAACUGUCAAAACUGUUUUCGGAUUUGUCGAACAAGUGUAGAGUCAGGUGACAAGUUUAGAGUCAGCUUCUGCAGUUUUCAUUUAGCAUUGAUGAGCCGUAUGCAAUGCCAAUAGACAGGAGAGGCGGUAUACAGCUUGGCGUUCUCUUGCUAGCUGUCCCUGUACAGUUUAUCAUUUCUCAGUGGAUGCUGUCCACAGAAUCUCAGAGAAGCUAUGCCAUAAAAAGCUUGAUUGAUGAGGCAAGCGACUUUAAAGAGGACUAUCUCUCAUGGAAAUCAUGGAAGACUUGGUGCUCACGCUUCAUCCACAACAUGUCCCCAUAUAGUGACACGCCCUUCUUUGAGGGCCAGGAAGACCCCAAUGGCGAAUCCCCAGCCUAUGAGGUGCUUAACCACAUGGAACCCGAGGGGUACUUUGCAGCCUCAGCAGAACCACGAACUCUUCGACCUCCGGCGGUGAAAUACCGCAUUGGUCAGGUGGUCAAACACAAGCGCUGGGGAUACAGAGGUGUUAUUAUAGGCUGGGAUGAAUAUGCCAAGGCACCUGAAAACUGGAUAAAGAUGAACCACCCUCAGGGCAUGGAGGGAUGGCGUACACAACCCAACUAUGCAAUACUGGUUGACACGAGAGAUCGGCUCGCUCCUCAGAUAACUUAUGUCCCACAGGAAAAUUUGGAGAUUAUUAUCAAUAUGCAAAUAUUACACCCAAGUAUAGAAGAUUACUUCGAGAAGUUUGAUGGUGCUCAAUACUUGCCCCGCCCCUGGCUCAAGGCUGUCUACCCUCAAGACAACUGACCAUUGGGAUUCUAUGGAAACUGAUACUACUAUUGUCAUGACAACUGAAUUCCAGAUUCUGCAAUCAUUUAGAGCUUAGGAACGUAUAAAAGAUGACCAUUGAACAGAAAUAUUUCUUUCCUAUAGUUUGUAUAAAUGGACAAUUAGCUCUUCUGUUUUUUCAUUAAACAAAAUCAAUGCAUAUGUCAUAGGUUUGGUGUCAGCAUCAUGUUCAAAAACUAAACUUUGUCCUUAACUCGAAAACCGUUCAACAUAUUCAAAUAAAACUUGGUACAUAUGUUGCCAUAGACAGUAUGCACAUUCAUUGCAAGGCCCAUAACUCUAGUUAUAAUCAUUCUCACAUUAGUCUCCUUAUUUUACUGAAAAAAGACAGCAACAGACCUGUGUUGGCGCUCUUGUUUUAAAACAAGACUGACAGAAUUCUUUGAUUUUAUUUCUAUGAUCAGAUGGGAGUUUUUAAUCAUGAAGUAUUUGUCCAACUUAAUAUUUAAUUACUUAGUUGACUUUUCAUGCACUUUUCAUAAUGACAAGGAGAGUUUGAAGCUAUAAGGGGAUUACUUUAGUAACACCAUAGCUUAAGUUGAUAUAUACAAUAUUAUUUUCGGAGGUCCAUAUGCUGGGGCUUUUUCUGCGUCAUCCAGAGUUAUGUUCACCCCUUUAUCCAUAUAUACGUUUCUGUAUUUUAUGGAGUUAGAGAUAAGGUACCCGGUAAUCUUUAAUAUUAGUUGGCAAUGCAAGUCUGAAUGUAUGUUUAAUUUUUAGCUUCUAUUCAGUGCCAUAUCAUUUAUUGGCAUAUUAUAUUUGAGCAUUGUUAAAUGGAUCUAAAUAUUUAGCUGAGCAACAUAUAUAUAAUAAACCUUUUUUAGGUGUUGUACACAAAAUAAUGUUAAUGAUUAUAUUUAAAAAGACAUAUCUUUACACCACAAUCACAUAAUCCAAGACUAGAUGUAUGUGUGAUUGUAUAACAACACAUUGUUAAAAUCUCCAAUAUUUGUACAUUAAAGACUGAUAGUAGUGUGCUUAAACAUGCAUUAAUGUUUUGCCCUGCCACAGGUGGGGCAGGGAAACUUUGACUCUCUAAACGAACCCACACCUGGGGCAGGGAGAUUUGUCUGAAUGGCGAUAUUCCAGGUAUCAAUAGUUCAGUUUGUUAUAAGGGCCAAGUCCAUCCCCAUAAGGUUAUAUCACCUUGGUCCAGCUUGUGGGGAAUCAUUACCAGUCUUGAGUCUCCCAUAGUCCAGUAGCUCAAGCGCGUCAGGCAAAACAAUGAUAGGUGCCAGUAUAGUAUGUGAUUAUAACAGGGGUUCUAAUCCUGAAAUAAGAACUGAGAGCUUUCAACUUAAGAUUUUUAUACAGUGGUAAAGGGUGUUUUUUGCUCAGACAUUUGCAUAAAAAACAAAAGGAUAUACCAUUAAUGAAUGUUAUGACUUUGGAAACAUUUUUAAAAGGUGUCUUAGCCCCUUGACUCUGCUUUGAGCUCGCUCAGACCCCGGGCAAUUUUUCAGGAUUGACAAUUAUCAGCUGUUAGAACCCCUGGUAUUUGGGUGAUUUCUGUGCAAUAAAAUGGUAGUCUCAUAUAUAUUUAUAUGUUGCAUUCUUUUUGAUAAAUAUAUAAAAGGCAAAUGGCAGAGAAUUCUCUUUUUUUUCACUGUACAUGAUGAUUGUGUGAAUACUGCAGAUUGUUUUUUAAACUUGUUAUGUUGUACAGGCACACAAUAGUAGUGUGAAGAAAUAGGAAAACAUAUUUUUGUAUAAAAUUAUUUUAUUUAAAAGUAGUGAUUCUCUUGUUAUGAAAAACAUUAAUUGAAUGUACAUGUAAAUUUGUGGUUACAGACUAUCGUUUCAGUGUAUAUACUUUUACGCAUAAUGUUAGUAGAGCAUAGAUAUAUACCAUAUCAUCACCUUAAUGCAAUAAGUCAAUAUCUCCUUCUAUUUCUCUAUGCAGUUAUGGAGUUAUUGCCCUAGGGUGAAGACAUGUAAAUAAGAAGAGAAAUAUAACGUAACUCUGUUGUCAAUAUGCAGUUAUUUUUUUGACUGACUUGUGUACAGAAUUAUUCUAUUAGCUGCUUGUUAUUAAUCUUGUAUUUUUCAAGUAUUGGUGUAUGUAAUUUCAACAUUCCACUGUUUCCAUGUUGAUUAUGCAGUGUGUCAUAUGCUUUUUGGAGGUGCUUUUACAAACAGUUACUGGAAUCGGAAACUCUUUCUGUGCUCUAUACAUGUUCUCACCACAAGUAUUUUUGAUAUUUCAUUCUGUCUUUGUGAUAGUACAAAUAUUUAAGUUAUUUCUCAAAACACUUAUACAAACAUUUUAACAGACUAUUUUAAAAGAGAUACAAAUUAAUUUAGUAAGAAUGUGUUUGCAUGUUCAUAAGCGUCCUGUGACCUUUGGAUGAACAACAUUUAGCAAAUAUGCAUGGACAAUCUUACAAUCAAUUAUCUAUUAGUCUUUAAUUUAAGGACAUCAUUUUAAACUCUAAGAAAUUGACUUGUUGUUGCUGACAUUUAGAAAAACUAGGUAAAUCAUGUAUGUCAAUCCGAACAACGUGUCAAAGUGUUAUACAAUUGGUAACUGGUAGUUAUGCACCAGUCAAUUGUAACCCGUGACAGCCCCACAGGUCCAGGGAUAUACCGGGGAUAGCGGGAGAAAAGGGCCGUUUUUUACCUUCCAGGUAUGUUGUGGUUUUGUCUUCGCACCGAAAAUAGCGGGGAAUCGGCUGUUGCUUUGUGCUGGAAAAUAUCCGUUCUUUAAACGGGAUUUGUCCGCGUUUUAGCCAAGCUUUUCCCGGAAUUUAACGAAGUCUCGUAGGAUAUUUUAAAAAGUUUGAAAGAAGUCCAUUUCAAAUUACAAGUGAAAGAAGUCCAUUUCAAAUUACAAGACGACUGUGGGGGAACUUGGUGGGGAUUUUACCAGCAGUUUGUCCCCCCAGAGCGGGGAUUUUACCUGGGACUGGCUGGACCGGAAGUCAAAGUCCCAGCUAUUCCCAGGACCUGUAGAGGAGGUCGUGGUUACAAUUGACUGGUGCAUAUUGCAUAAUCUAGCUGUUUUGUUUAUGUUUGUUGAUAAUUAUUUGGAAGCAGCUGAUUUUUGUGGUAUCAUAAGCAUCAUGUUGUAUUGUUGUGAUUAGUCCACAUUUUUUCUUGGCUUGAUAUGAUGUGUUAACAUUAGAAUAUGCAUUGUUAUUACACCCCUAUCACUCUUCACAGAUCUUUUUAGAAAUGCUCAGUCUCCAAUGUAUCGGAAAAAAAAUAAGUGUAAAAUUUAAGUAUCUUAUUUUGUUUACCUGAUAAAGUGGUUUAAACUAUUUCAAUCUAUUUUGUUGAAAAGCUUUAUAAUGAUAAUCUUUAAUCUCAAAAAUGAAGAAGGAGAGCAUCACACAAUUAAAGUGAUAAUUUUUACCGAAACAGUGUGUUAAGCUUGAACUUAAAAUUGUUUGAGACAUCAGGAUCUGAGUUCUAUUCUUGUGACUUUAAGUCAGUUUAAAGUUGUUAUAUAUUUGUUAAUCAGUAUUUCCCUCCAGACCGUGUGGGUAUUUUGUGCCUACAUCCCUUCAAAAACUGCCAUUCCAGCUGAGGCGUUAAGUAAAACUACGGUAGACUUCUUUGUAGAAUUUAUGAGCAUAUAAUAAGAAUAGAAUACCAGUCUAUGCAAAAUGACAAAGCUUUUGUAUUCACUUUUUAUGUGCAGUGUGAUCUUUUAACAAGGAGUCAGGUGCUUAGAAGCAAACUAAGGAAGUCCGAAACAUUUUUAUGAGUCUAAGACUACCAGACUCCUGUUUACCUGGAGCACUGAAACAUACAUCGAAUACAUGAAUUGCAAUGUUGGAAAAAUAAAGUAAGAAAAUAAGAAACAAAUGGUAGAGGAUGGCUUUAGCUGACCUGCCUUCCUCCCUGGCAUCCCUCCAAACAAUCCUGGUAAAAAUACUGAUGUACUGAAUGUGUUCUGAAGCUGCCACUUCCAUGCCUGUCAUCAUAAUCUCACACUUGCACGGAAGAGUGUUGAAUCUUGUGGGUUUUUGACAAGGGUAUAAUAGGGUACAUGAAAGCAGAGCUUAACUGGUCAAUAACUAUUGUGCACAUAAUUUACAAUGCUUUUCAUUUAUACCGCAUGCUAGUUAUUGAACAUUGUCCUUGACAAUAUGGUAGAAAAAAUACAUGCAACAGACACCACCCCCCCUGAUUGAAACGAUACACUAAUGUGCUGAAGCUCCAGUGUAUAAUUUCGACAGCUGGCUAAUGGGUGUAGUAACCAUUUCUUAAUAAUUUCCUGCUAGUUGGAUUGCAGACUGUGAACUAGUAAUUGAUAUAUCUAGUCAUUUUCUUGUAAGGCGUAGCAAAAAAAAUGUUUGUUUUUGGUGCCUCGACAGACCCUUUUUUUUCAAAUGGCCCUAUUUGUUUCUAACCCUUGUUUUUGUUUGUACUUUUUGGUUGUUACUUGGCUUAGAACUAUGCCUAAAUGUGCUGUUUUUUAGAGCAUUCUUGUAAAUCCAAAUCAAAUUUUGCUUUUGUAAAUGUGGCAAUGAUAUUUAGGCACAUCUCAAACGAACAAAAAAAUGGAAAAAGCCCCGACCUACCUUCCCUAUUAUUUUGACCAGCGAAAUCAGAAACAAACAUUUUGUUUGGGCUGACUGAUUGUGAGCAGAUGACACGUAAUGCCUUAUGUCUGUAGGUUGUGUAAGAUUUAUUCAUGUUAUUUGCUAAAACUGACAUUAAAAUGGGAAAAAAAUGUCUCUAGUAUUAUCUCAGCAAUGGCGGAAACAUUACAAAUCAUUUUUAGUUUAAAUUUAUUGAAUAAACAAUCUGAAAUAGU